AUGAAACACACAGGGAAAGCGCUUCCACCUCUAGCGCCACCACCUCUUUCUCGUCCUGAGCUGAAAAAGAUUACAUCUCUUGUAAAUAAAGCAUUAACUUCCACUAGUUUAAAGGAAAAGAAUGACAUUCUUCAAGAAAUGCGAGUUAUGUGGAUUCCUCAGAACGAAGAACUCGAAAACAUUCUAGCAUCAAGUGCAGAGAAAGCAGCAGAAUUGGAUAAAAUGCAAAAACAAAUGGAAACGUUAAAAAAUACAUGUGAUACUCUCAAAACUAAUACAUCAUUUUACUACAAAGCAGAUUUAAUAAGAUCAAGACGAAGUGAAGCAACUAUUGAACGUUCAAUUAAAAGUUCAGAAGCAGAAUUAACAAAAAUUGCUUCAGUGAAUUGCCCAAACAAAUUAUCACAAGUUAACGAACUUAAAGAUUCACCAGACCAAUACCUGUUUACAUUAAUCGAUCUUAAUCUAGCAAGACUUGAAGAAAUGGCUUAUGCAUAUAAAAAACGCUUACUUAUUGUCGAACAGAGCCAAGAAUCAACCGAUUUGAUUCUUAAAGAGUUCGGCUCAGUCUAUGGUCUCCUUGAUCGCGAGAAACAACUUGCGGAAGAAAAUCAAAAACUUCGCGAUGAAGAAAAGUCAUAUAUCAAAGAUGCAUUCACACGUCGUCGUAAAUUUGCCGAGAUGUCACCCGUUGUUGCACGUAAUCUUUCAUCUGUUUUCAAACGAGGCAUUGAAUUCGAAAAUGAAUCACUUGAAAACUUCCGAAAUUCCGAUUUUACAGUUCCUGAUAUCGAACAAUCAGAUCUUGACUUCGAUAUCAUCUGCCACGACCAAGGUUUCUCAACCGAACCAGACCAUUUCGACGAACAAGAAUUUUCUUCAACGAGUGAUGAAUUAUCCGAACAACUUGUUAACGCGAAAGAUCAACGCGAUCGUCUUAAGAUCCUUCGCGAUCUCAUCCAAGUUAUGGAGACAAACAAUUCCAAACUGAUGCAAGACAUCAGUGCAUGUCGUCAGAAACGUCGACCUCGUUCUGAUGCUCCACAAACACGUCUUGAUAAACUUCUUGACGAAAACGAGCAUCUUUUCGAACGUGUUGCAUCCGCACAAGAUUCACUUGAGAAGAACACGGAAGAGUCCUCUAAUCUUGCAAAAGAUGUCUUGACAAUGAUGAAACACAGAAGUGGUUAUUCACAGUCAUUUGUUGACUUGAUCACACAAUAUCGUGAUUUAUCGAAAGCACACAGUAUUGCUAGUACAAUGUUGAACAUCGAUAAAGAUAUUGUUCGAACGAUCAUGUAUGUCACAAGUUCACUUGGUGAACAGCUUUUGUCCGGUGUUUCAUCGGAACAUGAAGUUCGCAAUCUUCUUUCACGAGACAUCACAUCAUCAUCGAAACUUCUUGAAGAGACAGCGCCACCAGCUCCAGUCAAUGUUUCUCCUCCUAAGGAAGAACCGAUCCAAGAAGAAGUCUCUAUGAUGUCACUUGCUACUCGUCAGAAGAAGCCAAAGCGCUCACGUCCACAUCGAGACUUAUCAAGUGGUCGCAACGCAAACAGUUCACAGACUAAUCUUGAAGUUGCAUCGAUGCUUUCUCUUGAAGUUGGUUCAAUCAAACCACCAGAAGACAUCAAUGAUAAGAAACCUGUGAAUGCAAGUGAACUUUUGAUGAAUGCAUCACGUGCAGAGCUUCUAAAUGCAGUCUCAUUAGUUCUUGACUUAGGUGGCUUCACAGUUGGUAUUGACGAGAGUUUCCACAAUUUGUUCCAUGACUCAUUCAAGAACAUGCUUGCUUCAUUCAAGAGCGAUACUAGCCUUCACAUGCACGAAUUCGGUCAGUGUAUGUCAGAGAACUACGGUACAAUCCGUCUUUGCAGUCAACGAAUCCUUGUCAAACAGAAAGAGAACGUUUCUAUCCAAACUGAGGCUGCUCCUCGUAAAGACGAAGAGAUCCAAUGUGGCGAUGAAAACCACACAGGACGUAAGAAGUAA